AUGGCUACAGCUGAAGACCCUCCCACAUUAAUUACUGCUCCAUAUUAUCUCCCACCACCCGACGGUACUCGCGCUUACAAGAAUAUCAAUGAUAGAACCGACCAUAACUAUAUCCGACACAACGUUACCGUUGGAAUCGAGAACAUUCGCGGCAAAGAGCAUCAGUAUCUUCUCGACAAGGCCGGUUUCCAGUACUUCCGACACACAUCCAAGCACACGGCCUUCGGCUGUGAUGACGAUGUUAUCCAAGAAUAUUAUCCCGAAAGCGAGGAGCUGUACAAAAAACUCACGGGCGCGACGAAGGUCUUCAUCUUUGAUCAUACCAUUCGCAGACAUCAUCCGGGAGACACGGAAGAGUCUCCAAUGAAGCGCCAGCCGGUGUUUAAUGUCCACAUCGACCAAACACCAGCAGCAGCCAGGGCUCGGGUGUUUCGUCAUUUACCAGAGAGCGAGGCGCGGGAGCUUGUCAAGCACCGAUUCCAGAUACUCAAUUUGUGGCGUCCGAUCGAUAACCCAGCAUUAGAUACGCCGCUUGGAUUCAUUGAUUCCAGCACAGUCGAUGAGAAUAUUGACUUGUUCCCGAUGACGCUCAAGUUUCCUGGAGGGCCUGGGGAGACCUAUGCUGUAAAGUGGAAUGCGAGACAUAAAUGGGUCUACUUGAGAGGAAUGACCCCCGAGGAGGUAGUGAUAUUCAAGUGGUACGGUGCUUUACUAUUCGUGAUUUACUGGAUCGACUUAUCUUUGAGGUAUAGUUUCGACUCGACCAAGGAUGAGGCGAAGGUAACAUUCAAUGCGCACAGUUCGUUUGUGGAUCCUAAUACGCCAAAGGGAUCUCCUUUGCGGCAGUCCAUUGAGCUCAGAGCUUUGGUCUUUUAUGAUGAAUGA